AUGAUGUUUGGCCGGCCUCCUGCGCCCCAGGUGAACUGGGAGGAGAUGUAUUUCUACCAGAAGUUGCACCACCUCUUUGAUCACGGCUCGGACUGGAUGAUCUCUAAGCUUAACUGGUGGAUCCCCUCCGUUGCAGCAGGGAUGGUGCUAAGUCUUUUUUUGCUAAGCGAGAAUCCCAUUGGUGAGGGCGCUGCCAUUACGCUGCCCAAUUUUUCGCCUGUGGUGCGUACGCCAAACUUUGGGUUACAAGUCCCGGAACGCGAGGGGGCAGCAUCAGAUGAGAACGAGGAGGAUGAGAAUGACGAGGAGGUGUUUUAA